AUGCCUGAUACUGCGUCCACGGGUUUUCAAUUGGGACCGACAUUAGACGCGAGUGACGUCUUUUCUGAGCUGGCGAACGACCACAACAACGACAGCAUCAUUAAUACCAAUAUCAAUACCAACGACAACGUCAACGUCAACGACAGCAGCAACGACAACAACAACAACAACAACAACAACCUUGACAAUACUCACCAGUAUACUAGCCUGCACGAAAACGACAACGAAAAGGACGAAAACGCCAACGCCAACACCACCACCAGCGUCGCUACUAAAUUCCCAGGCGUUGCGAACAAUAUCAUUAACGACGCCAGAGACGACCAAGACCGCAUACCCAUAUUCGUACAAAACGAUAUCACUGAAGACGGAGAAAGAGAUAACGUCGCUUUGAACGGAACGGAACUUGUAGUGCCACGUGAUAACUUAAAUUUGGAUUUGGAAACAUCAAAAACAACAACAACUACAUCCAACAGAACCUUCAACACCACCAACUCCAGCACGGCCAACGAACCCACACAGGCCACACAAACGACACAACCGGCACAACUCACCGUUGCAGACAACUCGCGCGUGACGCCACCACCCGUCGACCAAUUCCAAUCGCAGCUGGCUCACCAAUCGGACGCCAUUGCUCUGCUCAACAGCAAGCUCCAGCAAGUAGAAAACUCGGCUUGCACAACGGACGAGGGUCUCAACGAACUUCUAGGCAACCUCGCCGCGUCGACCCGUAACCUCGCGCACAACCAGCAGGUUCUUGAGAACAAGCUUGAGGAUUUGCUCAGAAACCAGGUCAACACCGACUCCAGCGUCAACGCCCUGCUCAACAAGCUCCACGGCGUAUCGCAGUCAAUCGACAAAGCCGUGAAAUCAAACGCCCUGGCAGCCGCAAACGUGCCCCAGAGCAUCCAUCGCGGCCCAGGAAGACCCCCCAAGACCCGCAACGGCCUGGCCUCAGUCGCCGCCGCACUCUCCAUGACCAGCAGAGAAUCACUACCCGACAGCAACGUGGGACUGCCCCGCAGCCGGCGUAUGUUUCAAGACCCAGAUACGUCGCUCGACGCCGAAGCUGGAGUCUCCGGCCACGUCCGCUCCUUGCGGCAGCAGCAGCAGGCCCAAAACAGCUCUUCAUCCACGUCCUCGAAUCAAGGCCUACCUGCUCCCAAAAAGAGAGGCCCUGGUAGACCUCCAAAGCGGAAACACCACUGGGCUGAGAGAAAACAAGGAGCCACAGCGCGAGGGCAGGAAGGAGAAGCUCAAUCUGCCACUGGCGGAUCAGAUGGCGAACAAGCCAAAGCGGAUGAAGAUGACGAAGAGGUGGACGAAGAAGAUGACGACGAGGAAUAUCGCGCAUCGGAAGAGCCCAAACUCGAAGACGACGAUUUCCUUGCCCGCUCUUUGGGCGAAAACUCUGCUGUGCAGGUAGACGACUCUUACUACGGCCAGAAAACAAACCGUGGUAGAGGUCGUCCUAGCUCAAAAUCUUCGGACAAAGGAACACCUCUCACAUCGGCUCAAAUCAAAAUGCAACAGGAGCUGGAACGUCGUCGUGACGCCCGCGAGCAAAUGCUUGUUUCCAUGAAGUAUAGUGACCGCAACAAGGCCAAAGUGUUCAUGGAGUCGAAUAAAGAACUUUUGCGAGCUAUGCGCGAAGAAGAAAGACGUAAGAGAAUGACUGCUUUCAAUUACGACUCUCACAAUCACUCCGGCGGACCUACUCCAAACAAUACUACAGGCAACAACUCACUUUCGCCAAAUGCAGCCUCGGGCGUGGGCGGUAGGCGGCUUUCUCAGUUUGCACCUUUGACUCAGGGAUCUGAUGAUUUUGCUGCUGGAAACCAUGGCACAGAGGCGCAACGGAGUGCUACGGAAGAAGGAGGUCCUGGAACUCCUCCUUCGGAAUCGACGCAGGAAGCCACUGCCACUCCAACAUUGGCCUCAAUUGCUGCAUCUUCAGAUUACGCCACGCCCGUUCCACCUCUUCCAAGGAAAGUGGGUAUUCUUUCGAUGCUCAAUGAAGACGAAGGGGAGUCAUCAGGGAACAAACGGAGAAUGCCAGAACUUUUUGAAGAUGGCUUUUCGCCCGAGUUCCCAAAUAAAAGAGAGAGAUCAGAGGAGGGCCGCGAUUUCCGGUCUAUAAUUCCAAUGCUACCGGAAAAGAAAGACAACAGAGGACGUCCUGCCAACAGUAGCAGCAGUGGAGACAACUCUACAGCCUUGUUGUUGGCCUCUCCCGUCGAACUAAUAUGUCGCGACGGGUUUUUCUACCGAAAGUCUGAUCCAGAACUACCUAUCACGACGGGAAACUAUCUGGAGUUCAAGUUCAAAUCUAAGGAGGAUGAUUUGAUACGCCUGAAUCUAAGUCAGUCAGACUACGCUGAACUCACAAGACAGGAUAGGAUCAACGCGUAUUUCUUGAAGCCUGAUAUUGAGCGGGAAACGGACUUUGCCUGUCGUCUGUUGAGUAAAAGCGUCUUGACUGAAAGAUAUGUGAACAGUCUUGAGUAUUUCACAAUGGAAUUCCGGUGGGAAAAUAGGCUAGUGGGUCUCGGGCUCAAACUGCGCGAGUCCAAGAGAACGUGGCAAAGACGGAAAGCAUUGUUUGCUCUGUUCGAGUUCUGGAGAGACAAGUCAAGAGAGAAGAGAGGUUUUGCUGGUUACACAAUGAUGCACGCCGUUAAAGAAAUGGAAAACUACCGCAUUUUCAUUAAUCGGUCUGUGUCAUGGUUUUACAACCACAUCACACUACUAAAAAUGAUUCUGUAUGACCUGUGUGAUAACACGCGAACUCAGUGGAGGGAAUGGAUGUUCCCGCGAGGUCAGCAGGUACCUGUCCUUGGCGGUUCUUUUACCGAGGACAAUUUGAACGAAGCCAUCGACCAAGUUUUGGCUUUGGACUUUUUGGAGGACGGCACCGAUAAUCGUGAGAAUAAAGGUGCUUUAACCAAUGUCGUGGUUGAGACAACCGCGACCGCUGAACAACCAAAAAACGAUUGA